AUGACGACCAGUACCGGGUUCGGCUCUCAGAGGGCCCCAAUUUGCCUAGACGCCGACCGGGCCGACCUUUACGGUGGACCUGAUGUCGUCGUUCCGCCCAAAUACCUGAUGGCUCCCAGUGGGGAUGGUGACUUCAUACCUUUAGUCAAAAAGACUAAAAAUAAUGAGGAAUACAUUUCUGAGGAGGAGGAAGAGUAUCUUCAGACAGACACUCCCCUUUCUACCCCGCCAAUGACCACCAGCGACGAUUUUGCUUUAGCCUUCGAUAUUGAUGGCGUCCUUCUCAGGGGUGGCAACCCCAUUCCUGAGGCUAUAGAUGCUAUGAAAUACAUCAAUGGCGAAAAUCCAUACGGAAUUAAAGUCCCAUAUAUUUUCUUAACAAAUGGUGGUGGCAAAACCGAGCAAGAACGAUGUGAGGAUCUCACUCGCCAACUCGGCAUCGAGGUAAGCCCUGGCCAAUUUAUCUGCGGCCAUACUCCCAUGCGCGAGAUGGCGGCGCGAUACAAUACAGUCCUAGUCGUGGGUGGCGAGGGAGAAAAAUGUCGUAUCGUGGCAAAGGCAUACGGAUUCAAGGACGUGAUCACACCCGGUGAUAUCAUCAAGACACGACAAGACACAACCCCCUUCCGAAAGUUGACCGAGGAGGAAUUCAACAAUUCGCGAUUUCUCGAUUUGAGCAAGACUAAAAUUGACGCCGUCUUCGUGUUCGCCGACAGUCGCGACUGGGCCGGCGAUCAACAAAUCAUUUUGGAUGUCGUUAUGUCAAAGAACGGGUGUCUGAAUCAACGGUCGGAGACCUUCGACGACGGGCCCCCCGUCUUUUUCUCCCACAACGACGUGGUGUGGUCCACAUCCCACGAUUACUGCCGCAUUGGCAUGGGCGCACUUCGCGCCUCGCUCGAGGCUCUCUACAAGGCCGUCAGUGGAAAGGACCUUAAGAGUAUUGCCUUUGGCAAGCCACAAAUCGGCACAUUCCAAUUCGCCACUCGCCUAUUACAAGAAUGGCGCAGUGAGUCUCAUGGCAUCGACAAGCCUCCCUCUACAGUCUACUUCUUCGGUGACACUCCAGAAUCCGAUGUGCGUGGGACCAACGAAUACAACGAGAUCGCUGAGAACGAAUGGUUUUCUAUCCUCGUAAAAACCGGCGUCUACCAAGACGGCACCGAGCCCCGCUUCCCGCCCAAGAAGAUUUGCGAGAACGUCUACGAAGGCGUCAAAUUUGCCGUUGAGCGUGAGCACCAGAAAAUGCUCAAUGGCGGCCGUUAUACCGACGGCUUGGCGGAUGUAAAUGGAGGCGAAGUGCGAAAUUGA